CACCGGGCAGACGAGCUUGCGGCGUGGAUAUGUCGCCAGCGUUCAGUCACACAGGGGUCGCUGUGAUAAAACUCAAGAAUCCCCCGGUGAACAGCCUUAGCCUGGAGCUCCUGACGGAGCUCGUCAUCACCCUGGAGAAGUUGGAGAAUGACAAGGCCUUCCGCGGCAUCGUCCUGAGCUCGGACUGCCCUGGCAUCUACUCAGCCGGCCUAGACCUCUUGGAGAUGUGUGGGAAAAGCCCGGGCCACUACGCCGAGUACUGGAGGGCCGUCCAGGAGCUGUGGCUGCGGCUCUACCUGUCCAAGCUGGUGACAGUUGCUGCUAUCAAUCCUUGCUUCUCCUUGCAGGGCCCCUGCAUUGCCGGAGGCUGCCUCAUAUCCCUGACCUGCGACUACCGAGUGCUGGCUGACAACCCCAAGUAUGUCACAGGCCUGAACGAGACCGUGCUGGGCAUUGUCGCCCCCUUCUGGUUCAAAGACACCCUGGUGAACACCAUCGGGCACCGAGCCGCGGAGCGUGCCCUGCAGCUGGGGCUGCUCUUCCCCCCGGCAGCGGCCCUCCAGGUGGGCAUGGUGGACCAGGUGGUGCCUGAGGACCAGGUGCAGAGCACAGCACUUUCUGUGAUGGCCCAGUGGAUGGCCAUCCCAGAUCACGCUCGGCAGCUGACCAAGAGCAUGAUGCGCAGGGCCACGGCAGACCGCCUGCUUAGGCAGCGGGACGCAGACGUCCAGAACUUCGUCAGCUUCCUGUCCAGAGACUCCAUCCAGAAGGCCCUGCAGGCGUACCUAGAGAAGCUCAAGCAAAGGAAGGGCUGAGGCCAGGCCGCUCCAAGGCCGCUGGCCACGUGUGUUCCCUGGGGCCCCUCUGGUCCAGGGGGUUUUAAACAAGCUACUUUUCUGUCUA